AUGCAUCUUGAAUGUUGUGGUCAAAGCGUUAUACCAUUUUAUGGAAUAACAAAAGUACCCGAAAAAAAUAAAUACGCUAUGGUGAUGAGACGUGCAAAAUAUGGAGAUUUGAGGAAAUAUAUUAAAAAUUCCCCAGAAUUAACUUGGGCCGACAGAAUAGAAAUUCUUAUAAAUAUUUCAAAAGAAUUUGAUAUAAUUCAAAGAGUUUUACCUUAUAUCGCUCCUGAAGUACUAAAGACAGAACCAUACACUAAGCAAUCUGAAAUCGGGAUCAUGACAAAUCUUGCAAUAGCAGUUUGUCGUGGAUUGAGACCAACUAUUACUGGAGAAACACCAAAAUUUUAUGCUGAAUUUAUGAAACAAUGUUGGGAUCCUGAUCCAUCAAAAAGACCUAAUGCUUCACGCUUACCAGAAUUAUUUGAAGAAAUGAUAAUUUCACCGAUAACUAGAAAUAUAGAACACAAUACUAAUACCAAAACCGAAACAAGAAUAUUUAAUUAUACUGCUAGUAUUGAUCCAAUUGAUUUUUAUGAAAAAGAAAAAGCAUCUGUAAUAAAUGAUGAUUUUAUUGAUGUAAAACCAUUGCCUCAGUCUAAUAUCCCAAUAGAUUCCACCGAACCAGUAUAUAAAAUGCAAAGAUGUGAAACUAUAACAUAUUUGUUAUACUAAUAUUAUUCAUAGAAUAUGAAUCUGAAACCAAAACACUUGAAUAUGCUACUAAUAUAGCUUCAAUUGAUUUUUCUAAUAUUGAUGAAACAAUUGAUUUAGACUCUAAAGAAUUUUCAGCUGUUCCUACUGUUCCUGAAGGACAUCUGGAAGAAAAAGCUAAAUCCACAACCGAAAAUGUAUCUCAAACAACACAAUAUACAGCCGAGACUGUAUCUUCUACACUUGUCAAUCUUAAAUCAAAAAUCACUCCUGAAACAACCAAAAAGAUCGUAGAAAA